GUGAGAAGGCAGACCCUAGAACUUGGGGUCCAGUUUGAUGGAUGACAAGAGGGGGCGGGAACAAAUGGUCUGUACAAAACUUAGGAGAGUCAGGUCAGCAGAGUUCCUUGGAAGGGAUCAGUUAUGCCAGUCCCAGAUUUUGGUGCCAGAUGAAUGAAAAGAAGAAAUAAGGAAGGAAGCACAUGACUGCUUCCGGGUAUGGCAGAGAAGAUUUAUUGUAGAUUAAAGGGAGAGCAUAGCCAGAGGCAGGGACAGCUGGGAAUUCAGAGUGGAUGUGACCCUGAGCCUGGCCAUGUGAGGAGAGGAGAGCCAGGAAAGUAAAGGGUAGAUGGGGGUUGGGGUGGGGCAGAGUAAGCAAAAUGGCUGGAUUAUGUAGAGAGAAGUGCAGCUCAGCUCCUGGGCUGGAGAAAUUUAAGGGGAACGGGGCAUCCCAGCCAUACCCUGUAACAGAUAGGGAGUGAGGGAUGCAGGGAGAACCUGGCAACCAGGUCUGCUUUGAUAUAUUAAAUAGACACCUCAGUCAUUUGUCCUGGGUUUGAGAUCUCACACCACUGAUCUACCUUCAUCAUUAUUGAUUUAUAGUAAAUGUAAUUUCUAAGAAGAAUUUUAGGGAAAUUAAGAAAGGGUGAACAGUCUUUGCAUUCUACCUUUUUUUUUUUCUGUAAGUAAAGAAAGCAGGGCUUGGAGAGAAGGCUCAACAGAUAGGAGCAUUUGCUGCUGUUGUAGUGGGUUGUUUUUCAGCACCCACAUGGUGAGUCACAACUGUCCAAAUGCUAGUUCCAAGGGAUCCUAUGACCUCUACUGGCCUCUGCUGGUGGUGUAUAUAUACACAUUCAGGCAAAACCCUGAUAUACACUAACAAAUGUAUAUGAGCUGGAGACAUAGCUCGGUUGGUGGAAUGCUUGCUUGGUUUUUCCAAAGGCAUGGCACCAAAUAAACUAGGUGUAGUGGUGAGCAGUCCGAGUAGUCACUGGAAGGUGGUGGGAGCUGAAUGAUCAGAAGUUCAAGAUCAUUUUCAGGCUCUUAAGAGUUCAGUGGCAGUCUAGGAUUAAUGAGUGUGUCAGAUCUCAACAAACAACCCCAAAACAACAACAAAACCUAACAGUGGCUAAGUGCCCUGAAAAUAUUAAGGCAAAAAUUAAAGGCAAUAAUGCGGGUUUUUUUUCCCCAAUUUAGAUAAUAGCUACUUAAGCUUUCUACCAAAAUGGGCUUGAUGUACAAUUUGGAAAGUGUACGUUGUAGUAUUAUAGUCUAGUAUUAAAGUUAGGUGGAAGUUACUGAACAUAAUGAAGGUGGGCAAGUGGUUGGAGUCGAAGUUGGUGAAAGUGGGUAGAACUCAUUGUACUGGAAUACUCAUUGCCAGAUUUUGGUUAUGUUUGAAGGUUGUCCUAAGCAUGAUGUAAUACCAGCAUAAAUCUUUGAAGCUUCAGCUGACACCAUCCAGGUCUGAAGUGCAUAGGACUUUAUGGGCCAAGGGUAAUGCUUGUUUAAAAACAAGGCAAGCUACUCUAGUUUAAUGAGGCCAGUUAAGAAAACUUUUCCAGAGUGGGAUGAGAGUGUAAUCUCAGUUUGGAGGUAGAAGUAGAGUUUUAUGUGUCCUGAUUGUGUUUACGAUUCUUACUGCACUGGAAAGGGGCAUUUGAAAUAGGCUGGCACACAAGUGGCUGGGUUAGAAUUGAGGAAAAUAGUAAUUGAGGCCUGGAAGUAUUGGGUGAGUUAGGGAGAAUGUUUUUCACUGCAUGUGAACUUGAGAAUUCACAGGACGAAGUUGACAUUAGGAGUGCUUGUCUGGUUGUGCACUUCCCUUGGUCCCUGGAUGUUUCCUACCCUGGAGCCUUAAGAAAGCACUGAGAUCCUGACCUCCAGAAACAUGUUCUACUGGACUCAAGUGCUGCCAGUGCACGGGCUUCACGUUGCAGGUGGCGCCUGCCAAAGCUGCUCAAGUGGUCUGUGGGGCGGGGCUUGGGACAAAGUCCGUCCCUUCUCUAGGCCCUGCCCAGGGGCCUGCCAGGUUUUGGAGCCUAAGCAGCAGGAUGCCAGAACCUCAGGAAGACUUCUGCUAGCAUUCAAGGGAGGUGUUGUCCCUCCUGGGGACAGGCCACCCGUUGAGCUACUUUAAAUCUGAAUGGAAGUGACCAGUCUUCUAAACUUAGGAGCCAAGGAUUGGCCUUGUGGGUUGCAGGAACCUGACGCCUGUCUUCUCAUGACCUGGAAGCCACCGGCACCCUUUCUGCAUUCCUGGAAGGGAGUCCUGUUCACAUGCUUGCCAACGGUUAGGACCAAGACCAGAAAGAGGAAAGAAAUGAGCCGCCAGACUGCUACAGCAUUACCCACUGGCACCUCAAAGUGUCCACCAUCCCAGAGGGUACCUGCCCUGACUGGCACAACUGCAUCCAACAAUGACUUGGCGAGUCUUUUUGAGUGUCCUGUCUGCUUUGACUAUGUGUUGCCACCCAUUCUUCAGUGUCAGAGUGGCCAUCUUGUUUGUAGCAACUGUCGUCCUAAACUCACAUGUUGUCCGACCUGCCGGGGUCCACUGGGAUCCAUCCGCAACUUGGCUAUGGAGAAAGUGGCCAAUUCAGUACUUUUCCCUUGUAAAUACGCCUCUUCUGGAUGUGAAAUAACUCUCCCGCACACAGAAAAGGCAGAGCACGAGGAGCUCUGUGAGUUCAGGCCUUACUCCUGCCCCUGCCCUGGUGCUUCCUGUAAGUGGCAAGGCUCCUUGGAUGCUGUCAUGCCCCACCUGAUGCAUCAACACAAGUCCAUUACAACCCUGCAAGGAGAAGAUAUAGUUUUCCUUGCUACAGACAUUAACCUUCCUGGUGCUGUUGACUGGGUGAUGAUGCAGUCUUGUUUUGGCUUUCACUUCAUGUUAGUCUUGGAGAAACAGGAAAAAUACGAUGGUCACCAGCAGUUCUUUGCAAUUGUACAGCUGAUAGGAACACGCAAGCAAGCUGAAAAUUUUGCUUAUCGACUUGAGCUAAAUGGUCAUAGGCGGCGACUGACUUGGGAAGCGACUCCUCGGUCUAUUCAUGAGGGAAUUGCAACAGCCAUUAUGAAUAGUGACUGCCUAGUGUUUGACACCAGCAUUGCACAGCUUUUUGCAGAAAAUGGCAAUUUAGGCAUCAAUGUAACUAUUUCCAUGUGUUGAAACGGCAAUCAAAUAUUUCUGGCCAGUGUUUAAAAUUUGCAUUUGACUUCACAGAGAAUAAGGCACCCAUCUGCUUGCCAACCUAAAACUCUCCUGGUAGGUAGAAGCUAGACACAUGAAGGUAAAUAAAAAGAAAGGCUGUUAAUACAGGAAACAGUUGCAUGUAGUAACACUAAUAUAUUUAAAAAUAAUUCAACAGUAAACCACUGAAAAAAUAUAUAUAUACCCAAGAUGGGCAUCUUUUGUAUUAAGAAAAAAGAAAGGAAACAUUGUAAAAUAUUUCUGAACUUCGUGUUUGUUGUAGAUUGAUUGUAUUGUUGACAACAAUUUUUGGGGGAUGUGUGUCUGCACACAUGAGUGCACGAGUGUGGUUGGUUUUCCUUUAACUGACAAGCCAUCUGCGUGGUCAUGGACCACUGCUUUCCCCUUGUGAGUCAAUACAUAGUGCUGCUGUGUUUUUUGUUUCGUUUUUUUUUCUUUUUGUGUGUGUGUAUUUGCUAAUUUUUAUUCUAGUUUUUCAUUAAAUAAAUUUGACUUUCUUUUCUGUAAUUCAGGUUUUUCUCACUUUUGUACCUUUAAGUUAGUGUCUUUUUUGAUAUUCAUAAUUGCUUAUGUCAAAAGUUUGUGUUCAGUACAUACUUUCUUUUCCUUCAAUCAGUUUAUUAGAACUAUUUUUAAUUCAGCCCUUUUGUGAAAAUAGGAAUUCCAGGAAGGAAAGGUAACAUAAGAGCGCUGUGCAAGCUACAGCAGGUAUGAGAUGGUCUUGUCUGUGAGUCCCACCUCAGGCUUACCCUUGGAAAGGUCAGGUUAGGGAGUAAACUCUGAGUUAUAUAAAUAUCUUUAAAAAAUCAGGCCUUUCCUCUCUUCAAAUGUGUUGGGCAAAUCACAUGUUUAAAUUGGUUCUUGUAUUUAUUGGUUUUGCAAAAGAGUCAUCAUACACAGUAUUUGUAAUUAAAGGAAAUCAUUUG